CGGCGAUGCUUUUCUGCUAAAAUGGAAACCCCCACUGAGGCUUAUUAGCGCUUCUUGGCAAGAACAUCCUGGCAGCUGGCCGGGUAGCAUCGUGCCUUAUCCAGCUUAUGGCGACAGGGCGGUGGCCGGGUAUUCCCCGGCCUCUUUCUUUUUUUUCCUUCCUACGAUCGAAGUAACCUUGCCCUUUCUUUCCGGUCCGACUAAGCAGCGUCAUAUCUAAUCCUGAUUCUGUACUACUACGAAUCUCACCUGUCCAGAUUUCGCGCAAUUCGAGGAAAAAGGGCAUUCCCCCCCCUCCCUUCCAGCCCGCCUCCUCACCGCCUCGAUGUCGACUUCUCGGGCCCUGAAGCCCAUAUUCGGGCCUAGUCGUCGGCUCCUUUUCGAUCAAUUGGCUCCUCAAUCGAGAAGGAACUUCGUCCCGAGCCGGCCGUCCACCUCCGCAUGCUCGAGUUGCCGGCACGGUCAUGUCCUAGGCCUGAACCGAACGCAACGCCGGUUCUUCUCCUCUGACCCUCCGAAACCUCCCAAUGGCGAAAGCCGGAGCGAGAAAAAUGCUGCCCCCGAACAACGUGAACCUCUCAUCUUCCACUUCCCCCCUCCGGCCUCUCCCCCAGAACCCCCACAACCAGAACCGGCAAAAACACCACCACCACCAAACCCGGAACCGACGCCUCAACCACCUCAACCACCACCCCCCUCUCCGCAACCGCCCCCGGAUUCCUCAACCGCAGCCCCUAACCCCGACCUCCCUUCCACUCAAAACUCCCGGCGCUCGGAUAUAAACCGGCAACUAUCCGCCUUCAUGGACCGCGCCCAAACGACCCUCUUCGCCGCCUCCCAACGCAUCAACGACCUAACAGGGUACUCCGGGAUCGAAGUCCUAAAAUCGCAAAUCUCCGCCCUAGAAUCCUCCCUCGCAUCCGCACAAGCGAACCUCCACGGCGCCCGCUCCGCCUACAAAACAGCCGUAUCCUCGCGUUCCGCCACGCAGCGCGAAGUAACCACUCUUUUGGCCCGACAAAAGACCUGGACGCCUGCCGACUUCGAGAGGUUCACGGCGCUGUAUAGACAAGACUACGACCUAGAGGCCAGCGUGCAGGACCGUGCAAACGAGCUCGAAGAUGCGGAGCGUGAGGCUGAGAGGUUGGGUCGAGAACUGAAUACUGGCAUCCUGUCGCGGUAUCACGAGGAGCAAAUAUGGAGUGACAAGAUUCGCCGUAUGAGUACGUGGGGCACGUGGGGUUUGAUGGGUGUUAAUAUUUUGCUGUUUUUGGUCUUGCAGUUUGGUGCUGAGCCCUGGCGCAGGCGGAGGUUGGUUAAGGGGUUUGAGGAGAAGGUUCGCGAGGCGAUGGAGGAGGAGAGGAUGUUGGAGCGGGAGAUCAGGAGGAAGGAGGUUGAGCUUGAGAAUAUGCGGAGGAGGGAGGAAGUAGCUGCUGCUACUGCUGCUGCCGCCGCCGCUGUUCCGGUUACGGUUGAGGCGGGUGUUGGCGGGGAGCAGGGUAAGACGAAGACGACGACGAAAGAACCGGAAGAGCAACCGAGCGAGAGCUUUAUACGAAUAGACACGCCGCCGAAAGUCCCGUGGAGGGAAGCCCUCUCCGACCCGGAUUAUUGGAAAGCCAUAUACGCCGAGCUAUCGAGUGAUAGGAAGGUGUUCAUCAAGGUACGAGACGUAUCCGUAUUAGCGCUCGAGAGCGCCGCCGCCGGUGCCGCGGUUGUAGGCACCAUAGCCACUAUCCUGUUUAUCCGAAGGACAUAAGCGUGAGCAUAGAAUACAUAGAAGAUCAUCAUCAUCAUCAUUAUCAUCUAUGAUCCGUUAGGGAUCUGUACGUAUUGUUAAAAAAGAAACUCUUAGGACUAGGUACUAGGUACAUUGUAUAAUACAAAAAAAACACUACGAUACCCAA